UUCUUAAAAACAGUCUAACCCCUUCUCUAAGCUCAGUCUAUCAGGCCCUUCAAGCCACACUCUCUCUCUCUCUCCCUUUCCAACGCCUCGCCGAAGUCACGAUUUAGCUAGCGGCCAUCGACGAUCAUCGAUCACGUUAUCCCACUUUCCGAGUUAUGGCUGGCCAAGCUGAAGGUGGUGGUAAGGAGCCAAAAAAUGAGCAAGCUGUGGCCAACAUAUAUGGUUCCAUGAGGUCUGAAAUCAGUCAAAUUUACUCAAAAAUAACUGAACUGGAGAUUGAAGUGAGUGAGCACUCAUUGGUGAUCAAUGCCAUUCAACCACUUGAUCCUUCAAGGAAGUGUUACCGGAUGAUUGGAGGAGUGCUAGUGGAGAGAACCAUUAAAGAGGUCAUGCCAGCUGUUCAGCGCAACAAGGAGGGGCUUGAGGAGGUAAUUGCUCGGCUUCAUGAAGCCUUGGACAAGAAGAAGAAGGAAAUUGUCGACUUUGAGGCUAAAUACAAAAUCAGGAUUAGAAAAGCUGAUGAGGUGAAUGAUGAGAGUAGCAGGAAGGCUGGCUCUGCACAGGGUGUUCUUGUAGGUCCUGCAAACGAAUAGAGUGGUCUCCUGUUUCUCAUAUUCCUAGUAAUGUUAUUUUCCUGGAUGCUGUUUUCAAGAAUAUUUAGCUUGUUUUAUGUAUCAGGAUGUUUAGACCCUGAGCGUUUGGUCAAUCAGGUUAAUUGAGUGUAACAGAUAUGAAUAUGGGAUUUUGUUUUCAAAUUAGUUGGAAGAUCAUUGGCAUUUGCUUUUCUUGUU